AUGACGCUCCACGGUCGAAAUGGCUACCUCGAUCAUGGAUCUCGCCUCACAUUGCGACUAAAGCACACACAUGGAUUCAGUACGUCCGGGAGUCAAGCAUCGAAGGGUAUCGUAUUCUGGUUAGAGACUAAGCACACACCGCUGACCUCGCACACUUGCCAUGUGUUUGUCCACACCAUCCUACCAGACACAGUCGUACACGUGGACACCACAUACACAAUCAAGCUAGCCGAUUCGAGUGGUGAGAAGGAGUACACUGGCGCCUUCAGGUUUGAUCACGAAUGUGACAAACUUGUGCUGACUCCCGGCUAUAUAGACGUAGGAGCACACGUUCAGGGAACCAUAAGUAUUGUGCACAUCCAGUACGCGGAAGCUACAGCUGCCAGUUGUACUGAGAUACGAGCACAGACGAGUGCCCGGUUUAAGGUGACGUGA